AUGAAGGAGUGUGGCCUCCUCAAUGGUGCAGUCGCUGGCAGUGAGUGCAUGCAGGCGACGAGAGGAAGGGAGGCUGCUUUACCGCGUGUUGUAAGAGAAGAGUUGGUGGUGAGGGAGAUGACAUCUGAGGUGGCACAGCAUGGAAGUGGUAGAGGCAGUCAGGCGUCACGCAUGAACGAUGGUGGCGAAGGUUGUGAGGUGGAAGCUACUGCUGCUGCUGCUGCUCCACCUCCGCCUCCGCCUCUGCCUCCUCUCCUACAACGAACACACUUUCUCACUCCACCCUCCCAUUCCAUCCUCCUUCUCUCUGCCACAGUGCACCCACCAACCCAUAGUCUGCACUCAAUAUCGCCCCCUCACCCUGCCACCAGCCACAACGCCUCACUCUAUCACAUCGACGGAAUGUCAAGAACUGGAGCAAUUGUCGAGUGUCCUGCGUGA